GCUGUGCAGACUCAUGAUAUCUGUAUAUCAUUGAAACAACAUGCUGGAGGAUCUUGUAAAGGGUAUUGAUGGAGCUCGGGUGGAGAAAAUUCUUGACUUGGCCUCUAUUACCCUCAACAAAAAGUCAGUUCCGGGUGACAAGAGUGCCUUAGUGCCUGGAGGUAUCCGCAUUGGAUCACCUGCUAUGACAACUAGAGGAUUCACAGAGAAAGAAUUUGUACCAACUGCAGACUUUAUUCAUGAGAGCGUACAGAUAACCCUUGAAGCUAAGCGGCUAGUCUCAGGAUCCAAGCUUCAAGAUUUUUUGAAGUUUGUAGCAGCCGCUGAUUUUCCUUUACUGGAUAACAUGUUGAACAUGUUGAACUUGUUUUCGAUUAAUAACAUUUUUCUUUUUGCUAGAAUGCAUGAUUGAAUUUGUUAGAACAUAUUACAAAUUUUGUAACCAUCCAAAUAACUAGAUAAA